CACACACAACCACACACACGCUCUCUCUCUCUCUCUCUCUCUUACACACACAAAUACACACGCAGAGCAGCGGACCUGGCUCGCGUACAGCCCCUGCAAGGAGAUCCCCUUCCUCUCCGCGCAAAUCCUUCCGUCGUCCUCUAUCGGCAUUCGAGAGCGAGCAUCCUCAGCAUCCUCAGCAUCAGCACCAGCCUGACUCCAGACCCCACGGAGCGCGGUCUCGUCCACGUUUUUUUUUUUUUUUUUUCCAAGUCUUGACUGCUGCCACGGGAAUUGCUACUAGUCUUCGGCGUUUGCGGGGCUGCGUACGGCGUAGAAUCGGACUAAAGGAAUGGCUCUACGUCGGAAAGACUGUGCGCUUUGUGCUUUGGCUUUGCUGAGUGACUAAGAGGAGUGCUACAAGCCAUGGAGGAGAUGGACAGUAAACCCUACCAGCCGUUGUCAAAGGGACGCCAUGAGAUGGAGAUGUCGUACACCAGCUCAUCUGACGAGAGUGAGGACGGUCGCACUCACCACCGCUCCUACACGUCACGUGAAACCCUGCCUGACUACACGCAUGAGCUUCGCCUCACUCUUGGCUCACACCGUGAAAGACAGAGCAACUACAGUCAACCCCAACCAGAUUUGGACUUCUGCAAGGCUGGGCAGAUGCGGAGCCCAGACUAUCAUAUCCACCAACAGCAGCAACAGCUGCAAACGCAGCAGCAGCAGGAGGAAGAGGAGGAAGCGCUGUGCUCCGGACCGGCUGCCCAUGUCCACAGCCAGAGCUACUCUCUAGGCAUGGGCUCAGACGUAGACACGGAGCCAGAGGUGGACCCGUCUCCCGCUCACGGCCUGCAGCACAUGUGGAUGCGUGGCCUGAAGUCUGAGCAGAGCUCCUGUCUCACAAGCCGGGCCAACUCUGCCCUCUCUCUCACUGACACUGAGCAUGACAGGAAGUCGGAGCCUGACAAUGAGCUGCCUAGCAGUCCAGGUGGCCAGUUCACGUUUCGUCCGCUGCCCCCACCACCGCCGCCUCCCCACGCCUGCACUUGUGCCCGCCCGGCACCCUACACUCAGGUCAGCCUGCAGAGGAAGACCAUGCCGUCGCGGUGCCAAGCCAGCCAGGGCGGACAGGGGGCAGACACCGGCUCGGGCACAGACCAGGCACAGCUUCACAACAGCUGGGUGCUCAACAGCAACAUCCCCCUAGAGACCAGACACUUCCUGUUCAAGCAGGGGUCUGGUUCAUCGGCUUUACUGUCGGGGGCCGGGCAGGGGUACCCCCUCACCUCGGGGACGGUGUACUCCCCUCCGCCGCGGCCUCUCCCACGCAGCAGCGUGACCAGACCUCUGUUUACCUUCAACAAGCCUCACCGCUGCUGUAACUGGAAGUGCACGGCUCUGUCCGCAUCCCUCCUGACGCUCACGCUGGCCCUGCUGCUCACAUACGUCAUCGCGGUCCACCUGUUAGGUCUGACCUGGCAUCUGCGGCACGGCGAGAGCCAGCUGUACGAAAACGGCCUGAGCUCAGCAGACCAUCAACAGGAGGACCGCGGAAAGACCAGACCUACCAGCUCCAUCCACCUGCUGGACACGUUCAACCCUGAGAGCACGCACACCGGUGACAAAGAGAAGUGGGUGAGGGGCCGUGCCAUCGACCGCGGCGAGGUCGACAUAGGGACUCAGCAGAGCCAGGCAAUCCCACCAGGCCUUUUCUGGAGGUUUCAUAUGACUGUGCACCAUCCGACCUACGUCAAGUUCAAUCUGUCUCUCUCUCACAAUGCCCUGCUGGGGGUGUACGGACGCAGGAACAUACCGCCUACACACACUCAGUUCGAUUUUGUGAAACUGCUGGAUGGGAAGGCCCUGCCCAGGUCCUUGACUGAUCCUGUCUCAAAUGCCAAAGCUCCCAAAGCCCUGCUGCUGAGUGGCCUGCAAGAAACCGGAUUCAUCGAGUAUAUGGACCCCGGCACCUGGCACCUGGCUCUGUACAAUGAUGGGCGCAACCUGGAGCAGGUGUUGCUCCACAGCACUCCCAUAGACUCGAUGGAUGGCUGUACCUCAGACUGUAACGGGAAUGGAGAAUGUGUGGCUGGACACUGCCACUGCUUUGCCGGUUUCCUGGGUCCCGACUGUGCCAAAGAUUCGUGCCCGGUGUUGUGCAGUGGCAACGGCGUGUAUGAGAAGGGGCGGUGUGUGUGCCUGGCAGGGUGGAAGGGGGCAGAGUGUAACGUGGAGGAAGGUCAGUGCAUCGAUCCGACCUGCUCCAACCACGGCACCUGCAUCCAGGGUAUCUGCAUAUGCACUCCGGCCUACAAGGGUGUAAACUGUGAGCAAGUGGACUGCAUAGACCCUCAGUGCGGCGGGCACGGGGUGUGUGUGCGCGGGGAAUGCGUGUGCUCAGCGGGAUGGGCCGGGCUGAACUGCGACGACCCGCUGCCGGCCUGUCAGGAGCAGUGUUCGGGACACGGCACCUAUAUCCCCGAGUCGGACACCUGUGCCUGCCAGCCCAACUGGACAGGACCAGACUGCUACACUGAGCUGUGCCCGGUGCCAUGUGGCAGCCACGGCGUUUGCUCGGACGGCCAGUGCCAGUGCGAGGAGGGCUGGGUCGGCGCUGCGUGUGACCAGAGAGCAUGCCAUCCUCGCUGUGAAGAGCACGGCCAGUGUCACGAUGGCACCUGCAUCUGCCAGCCUGGCUGGGAGGGAGAGCAGUGUAACAUCGUUACUCAUGAUUUGGAUGUCGUAGUGAAAGACGGCUGCCCGGGGUUGUGCAGCGGGCAUGGGCGCUGUACCCUGGAGCAGAAUGGCUGGCGCUGCAUCUGCCAGGCGGGAUGGAGUGGGCCUGGAUGCAGCGUUGUCAUGGAAACUGACUGCAGUGAUGGAACUGACAACGACGGAGACGGUCUGCUGGACUGUGUGGAUCCGGACUGUUGUGAGCAGCUGAGCUGUGGCUCUGAUCCCCUGUGUCACGGCUCGCCUGACCCACUGGCACUAUUACAGCAGAGCCCACUUUCCUCGGCAGCAGCCACCUCUCCCGCGAGCACGCACACUCACAGCUUCUACCGACGCAUACGCUUUCUCCUUGGCAAGUCGGCCACGCACACUCUCCCCGGGGACGUGCCCUUUGAUACCAGUCGUGUAGCUGUGAUUCGAGGUAGCGUUGUGCUGCAGGAUGGCUCUCCUUUGGUUGGAGUGAACAUCACCUUCCCACAGCAUCCUGAAUAUGGUUUCACCAUCAGCAGGCAGGAUGGGAGCUUCGACUUGGUGACCUUUGGUGCAAUGUCUGUGACCCUCAUGUUCCAGCGCCCACCUUUCCUCCCGCAAACACGCACCAUCUGGACUCCGAACAACAACUUCAUGGUUCUGGAUCUGGUUACGUUGUCCAGAGAGGAAAGUCAGCCUCCUGAAUGUGACAUCAGGAAUGUUCUGAGUCCCUACCCACUGGUCCUGCCCUACCCCCUCCCCAAAUACACAGGAGCGUGUGCGGAGAAGGGGCCAGCCGUGCCCGAGCUACAGGCAGUUCAGGAGGGAGUUACCAUCCCGGGAGCCUUCGUCAAGCUGAACUACCUGAGCACCCGCGCCGCGGGCUACCUCUCCCUGCUGCGAAUCCUCCUCACACCUCCUUCCCCGUCCUCUCCCGUUUCCCCUCUGGGAGGGCUUUCCAAAGUGCAUGUCCGCGCUUCAGUCCAAGGACGGUUGUACCAGCGCUGGUACCCUGCCGGGCCCGGCCUGGUGCACAGGGUGGUCUGGAACAAGACCGAUGUUUACGGCCAGGGAGUCUGGGGCCUCACUCAUGCAACUGUAUCAGUUGGUUAUGAGUACGAGUCGUGUCCUGGAGUGGUCCACUGGGAGCGGAGGACAGCGCUGAUGCAGGGCUUUGAGCUGGUGCCGUCCAACCUGGGAGGAUGGUCCCUGGAUAAACACCACGCCCUCAACUUACACAGCGGAAUCCUUCACAAAGGAAAUGGAGAAAAUGUCUUCCUUUCCCAGCAGCCCCCAGUUAUUAACACUGUCAUGGGAAACGGUUUCUACCGCAGCGUUCCCUGCGGCCCGAGCUGCAGCGGUGCAGCCCGAGACAUGAUGCUGUUUGCCCCCGUGGCCCUGGCCGGCGGCCCCGAUGGCUCGCUCUACGUCGGGGACUUUAACUUCGUCCGCAGGGUCCACCCGGAUGGAUACACCAGGACCAUACUGGAGCUCAAGAACCGGGACACCAGACACAGCACCAGCCCUGCCCAUAAGUACUACCUGGCCAUGGACCCGGUGGGUGAGGUCCUCUACGUGUCUGACACCAGCAGCCGCAAAGUUUACAGAGUCAGGAACCUCGGGCAGCCAAAAGAUCCAUCGCGCAACCUUGAGGUAGUCGCCGGGACGGGAGAGCAGUGUCUGCCGUUUGACCAGAGCCACUGUGGGGAGGGAAGGAAGGCCACUGAAGCGGCACUCAAUAACCCUCGAGGUAUUGCAGUGGAUAAGAGGGGUAUUGUCUACUUUGUUGAUGGCACCACCAUUCAGAAGAUUAAUGAGAGGGGUGUGCUCUCCACGGUGAUUGGCUCAAAUGGACUGAUGUCAACGCAGCCUCUUAGCUGUGAUGCACGCAUGGAUAUCAGCCAGGUCCGCUUGGAGUGGCCGACAGAUCUGGCUAUCAACCCCCUGGACAACUCCCUCUACAUCCUCGACAACAAUAUCGUCCUACAGGUGUCAGAAAGUCUUCACGUGCGCAUCGUGGCGGGGCGGCCCAUCCACUGCCAGGUCCCGGGCAUCGACCACCACCUGGUGAGCAGGGCGGCCGUACGCGCCACGCUGGAGGCCGCUAAAGGCAUCGCCCUGUCUCACCUGGGAACACUCUUCAUCGCUGAGACCGACGAGAGGCGGAUCAACCGCAUCCAACAGGUGUCAACCAACGGAGAGAUUUCCAUUAUCUCCGGAGCCCCCACGGACUGCGAUUGUAAGAUAGACCCCAACUGUGACUGCUUUUCUGGAGAUGGAGGCUACGCCCGCGACGCCCGUCUCAAAGCGCCGUCCUCUCUGGCCGUGGCCCCCAACGGCACCCUGUACAUCGCUGAUCUGGGCAACAUCCGGAUCAGAGCCGUCAGCCCCAACCAGCCUCAGCCCAGCCCAAACGGGCUGGUGGAGAUCAGCUCCCCGCUGGACCAGGAGCUCUAUCUCUUCAGCCAGAACGGCUCCCACAUGCACACCAAACACCUCAUAACCGGCCACUACCUGUUCAACUUCUCCUACGGCACGGACGGCCAGCUGUCCGGGCUGACGUUCCACGACGGCCGCGGCCUCCAGGUGAGGAGAGACGCCCACGGAGUUCCUCUCUGGCUGGCGCUGCCUGGCGGACAGGUGUACUGGCUGUCCCUUAGCAACAGCGGGACGCUGCGGAAGGUGUCGGGCCAAGGCCACGAUAUCGCUCACAUCACGUACCACGGCAGCACCGGUCUCCUAGCAACCAAAAGUGAUGAAAACAGUUGGACUACUGUUUAUGAAUACAACAGCGAGGGUCGACUUACCAACAUCACCCUCCCCACGGGUGAGGUAAGUGGUUUCCACGGCAACCUGGAGCGCUGGUCUCGAGUGGAGGUUGAAGCAUCCAACCGUGAGAACUUUGUCACCAGCACCAACUUGUCUGCCAGUGACACCAUCUACACGUUCAAGCAAGAUCAUGCUCAGAGCUCAUACAGAGUCAGCGCGGACGGGUCGUUCGUUGUGACGUUGGCGAGUGGGAUGGAGCUGUCGCUCAGCACGGAGCCGCUCCUGCCGGGAGCGCUGGGCGGGGGAGUCAGCCCCACGGCCAGCCGCUGCAACAUCAGCCUGCCCGGAGACCACACCCCGAGCCUGAUCGAGUGGAGGCAGAGGAAGGAGCAGAGCAAGACCAAUUAUAGCACUUACGAACGGAGGCUCAGGGCACACAACAGGAACCUGCUGUCUAUCGAUUUUGAUCAAAGCACCAGGGUCGGCAAGAUCUAUGACGACCACAGGAAGUUCACCCUGCACAUCCAGUACGACCCGCUGGGCCGGCCCGUGGUGUGGUCUCCGAGCAGCAAAUACACCGAAGUCAACAUCAGCUAUUCGGCCGGGGGCCUGUUGUCCACCAUCCACAGGGGAGAGUGGUCCGAACGACUCGAGUAUGAAAAUGACAAGGUGGUGUCUCGGGCCUGGGUCAACGGCAAGAUCUGGAGCUACACAUACGCAGAAAGAUCCGUUAUGCUGCUCCUGCACAGCCAGCGCCGCUACAUCUUUGAGUACGACCAAACGGACCGCCUGGCUGCCGUGACGAUGCCCAGCAUGGUGAAACACACCCUGCAGUCGCUUCUGUCCAUCGGCUACUACAGGAACAUUUACACGCCUCCCGACAGCCAGGCCUCGUUCCUGCAGGACUUCACGCUGAACGGACGGCUCAUGAGGACUCAGCACCUGGGAACGGGACGCAGUGUCAUCUACAGGUACACACCAGCAGCACGGCUCUCCGAGGUUGUUUAUGACUCCACCUUGGUGACCUUCACUUAUGACGAAGCCUCUGGCACCGUCAAGACCAUUCAUCUCACCCAUAACGGCUUCAUAAGCUCCAUACGAUACAGACAGACUGGUCCCCUGACGAGUCGGCAGAUCUUCCGUUUCAGCGAGGAAGGCCUGGUCAACGCCAGGUUUGACUACAGCUAUAACAACUUCAGAGUCACCAGCAUGCAGGCGGUCAUCAACGAGACGCCCCUGCCCAUCGAUUUAUAUCGUUAUGACGACGUAUCUGGAAAGGUUGAGCAGUUCGGCAAGUUCAGCGUUAUCUUUUACGACCUCAACCAGGUGAUCACCACCCAUCUGAUGAAGCACACCAAGGUGUUUAACUCGUACGGCCAGGUGGUGGAGGUCCAGUACGAGAUCCUGAAGUCCAUCGCCUACUGGAUGACCAUCCAGUACGACUCGGCCGGGCGAACCACCACCUGCGACAUCAGGGUGGGCGUGGACAGCAACGUGACGCGCUACACGUACGAGUACGAUGCAGACAGCCAGCUGCAGAGUGCCGCGGUGAACGAGCGGCCGCAGUGGCGCUACAGCUACGACCUGAACGGGAACAUCAACCUGCUCAGCCACGGGACCAGCGCCAGGCUGACUCCGCUGCGCUACGACCAGAGGGAUCGUAUAACACACCUGGGGGAGUUACAGUACAACGUGGACGACGAUGGCUUCCUCCGCCAGCGAGCCAGCGACCUUUUCGGCUACAACUCAAACGGCCUGCUGACCCGGGUUUACAACCGCGUGAGCGGGCGCACGGUCUGGUACCGCUACGACGGGCUGGGUAGGCGCGUGGCCACCAAGAGCAGCCAGGGCAAGCAGCUGCAGUUCUUUUAUGCCGAUCUUUCAAACCCCACCAGGGUCAGCCACUUGUACAACCACAGCAGUAAUCUGAUCACGUCGCUGUACUACGACCUUCAGGGCCACCUCAUCGCCAUGGAGCUUAGCAGCGGGGAGGAGUACUAUGUUGCCUGUGACAGCGUGGGGAGUCCGAGGGCAGUGUUCUCCAGCAAGGGGCGGCUGAUCAAAGAGGUUCUCUACACCCCCUAUGGAGAGGUUUAUCAGGACACCAACCCUAAUUUCCAGCUUGUCAUCGGCUUCCACGGAGGCUUGUACGAUCCUUUCACACGCCUGGUUCACCUGGGCCGGCGGGACUACGACACGCUCGCCGGCCGUUGGACUUCGCCGAAUCACGAGCUGUGGGGCGAGCUGAGCAAAGAGCCUAAGCCGUUUAACUUGUACGCUUUCAAGAAUAACUGUCCUAUCGGGAAAGUGGAGGAGGUCACGCAGUUUACUACAGAUAUCGGCAGCUGGCUGCAGCUAUUUGGCUUCCGGCUCCACAAUGUCGUCCCUGGCUUCCCGAAGCCCGAAGUGAGCAGAAUGGAGCAAACGUACGAGCUGAUGAAGAUCCAGAGGAAGACGCAAGACUGGGACUCCAGCAAGAUGGUCCUGGGGAUCCAGUGCGAGCUGCGGCGGCAGCUGAGGAGCUUCAUCUCUCUGGAGCGGCUGCCUCUGGUCCCGGAGCCCGUGGGCUCCACUUGCCACCGGCCGGCGCGGCCCCCUCCCUUCAGCUCCCGGCCCUCCAUCCUGGGCCCCAGCAUCCGCUUCGCCGUGCUGCACGGCCGCGUGAGCGCGGAAAUCAUCGGCGUGGCCAGCGAGGACAGCCGCCGCGUGGCGGCCAUCUUGAACGGCGCCGUCCACCUGACGGGGCUGAGCUUCACGGUGCACGGCUGCGACACCCACCACUUCCUGCAGUCCCGCCCCAUCGAGGAGGACCUGGCGCUGGGGCUGGGCGUCGGGGGCCGCGUGCUGGAGAGCGGCGUGAACGUGAGCGUGUCUCAGAUGAGCGCCAACGUGAACGGCAGGACUCGACGCUUCGCCGACAUCACUCUCCAGCAGGGGGCGCUGUGCCUGUGCGUGCGCUACGGCGGGACAGAGGAGGAGGAGAAGGCCCGGGUGAGGGAGGAGGCCCGGAAGAGAGCGCUGGACGGGGCUUGGGAGAAAGAGAGAAACAGGUUGGAUUUGGGGGACGCGGGGAGCAGGGCGUGGAGCGAGGCGGAGAAGCAGCAGCUGCUGUCGGGCGGCCGCGUCCAGGGCUACGACGGCUACUACUCCCUGUCUAUAGAGCAGCAGCUGGAGCUGGCCGACUGCCCCUCCAACAUCCACUUUAUGACACUGAGCGAGGUGGGGGGCAGGUAACAGAGACACGUGAGCAGCCCCCCACCCCACCAAAGACUGCCUGUUUCUACUCUACUCUGAUUUGUUCUACUGUUUCUAUACCGUACGGGGAAAAAAAGAAGACAACUACAAAGAAGAACAAGAAGAGAGAUUGGAGGAAAAAAAGAAACUUCCAUAUGCCUUUAAUUGUGACAAAAUGAUGGUAUUUUAUUAUUAUCGUCCAGUUUCUCCAAUUUCUAAUAGUGGCACAAGCAGUGUGGUUUGGCUGUGGCUUUGCUUUUUGUAUCCCGACCGACAAAGCGACUGACCGACCGACCGACCGACCGAACAACCGACCGACCUUCACUGAGGAACCGACUAUCAUUUGCUGUUUCACACUGUUCAUCAUCUUGGACCCUGUUCAGUACGGCUGAACUGCAGACACGGAGACUGUGGGAUCGCCGGUGAAUCAUCCUCCUCACGGUUCAAAUCAAAAGCUCUCUGGUUGCCAUUUAAGUCCCCACAUGGUUUACCUCGGAUAUACUGUCGUUUACAUAUUGUGUAAGAGAGGCCUUGUCGACUCUGACACUCCCCUUUAGAGAAGAAACCUCCUGCGGUUUCCGCCUCUGGUGUGCUCCAACAGUAGUUUGUAUGAGUGUGUAAACUAAAAUCAAGAAUGUACAUAGCCAGUGCUUUCACACUGAAAAAAAGUGCUAAACUGGAAGUUCUGUUGUUCAUAAGUGUCAGUAUUGUUAAUGAAUAGAAAAACAGUUACAUUUUUGCAAAGAAUUAUACAUGGCUAUAGUAAAUAUUCUCGCUGAAAAAGCUGACUUUAUUGGGUUACAAUGCAGAUUAAAGUUAUU